AUGAAACCGUAUGCAUAUAGCAUCUUUGUUGGUCUAGGAAUACUUGCUUUUCUUUGGAAAUUGAUAGGGAGAAAAGCCCACGCCCCAGGAAAUAGAAAUGCUAGGAUUUUGAGAGAGUUGCAACAGGAUAGUGAUUUGUUCCGCACUCAGGUUGGAGCUUUGCGCGAAAUUGUGGCUGCUGAAAGGGAAUUUUCUGCAAGACUAGAGAAGGAAGUUGCAAGUUUGAAGGAGCCGGCUUCAACGAGAAGGAUACCGAAAGAGGAAGUGGCUGGUGUAAUUGACAGGUUGAUCGAGGUAUCCAAGCAACACGAUGAGCUCAAGGCUGAGGCAGCAACCACGAAGAACAAAUACGACCACGUGAGAAAUACACUGGAAGACAUUCUGAGUCGGGAAAAAUACCUGAGUGAAGAAGUUUCGUCUCUAAGAACUCAGAAGCGGGAGCUGCAAAAUGACUUGAUGAAGGAACAGAUAAAACAUAUUGAAUUGUACGAGGAAGUGAGAAAAUUGAAAGAAAUUUCUGAGAAGGAGGAUGUGUCUUCUGAAAAGUCAGCUGGUAGAUCUGGUGGUGAUUCUUCUUGGGGUAUAGAUUAUAUGGAUGAAGAGCUAAUCAGUGAGAAAAUGGUCUCACAGGCAGCUUAUGCCCCAGAGGCUGUAAUGGACGACGCUAUUCUAGAUACUCUUGAAGGAGCUGGGUUGCAAGCCCAGAAAAGCCGGGGUAGACGUAGAGGCAAGAAGAUGAAUAAAAGAACUGAAAAGUCUGCUGAGUCUCAGAAAGAUCCUGACUAUUUGGGAGAGAAAGAUGACAGUGAAGUCAGGAAGCCAGAAGGGCAACAAAAUGAAAUUUUGACAGAAGGAAUCGAGAACCUUAAAAACUUGAAGCAUCAAGAACCAGAAAUGAAGACUGGCUCUAUUUCACUUCCAGAAUAUCGUCCAGAAAGUCAAAUAGAAAAGAACAAAAAUACUGUUGUAGAUGAAAGCAGCGCUGAAGUUAUAAUAGAGGAGGAAGCGAGCAAGGAAGACAUUAUAACACGAAGUGACGACAAAGGUAAACUAGACCAAGUGCCUGCCAAUGAAUCACUAGAGUUACAGAAGAAACUUACCCGCCAGGAAGAGCUCCUUCAAGCCAAAGAAGUUGAGCUAAAGCAACUUAAAGAAUUACUUGAUGUGAAGAAUUUUAAUACCUUGAUAGAAAAUAGAAACAACACGCCAAACUUGGAAGGCCAAGGCUCGAAAGGAGGUAAAGAGUCCGAGCUUGUAGCUAUUGCUGAUAUGGAAGAGGUGAUUGGCUUUCUGACAACUGAGGUUUCUCGAUUGCAGGAAAUUUGUGACAGUGAUAUAAACAUGAAAAAUGUUGGAGAUAAUACCAGUAUCUCAACUUUGAAUUUUCUUAUCGAGUAUGUCGCACUGUUUCGAUACAAGAUUUCUACUGAAAAAGCAGAGAAGAUUUCGAAGAUAAACGCUUUAGAAGAGACAAUGGAUGAAAUGCAAAAACAUAGCAAGAGAUUGCACUUGGAUUUGGAGAAAGAAAAGAAAGCGCGAAACCACGCCAUCAUGGAAUACGAAAAAGAAUACGAAAGACUUGAGACUCGUUUGAGCGAAGCUUAUGACGUCAUAAGAAAAAGGUUGAUGGAAGAAAGAGAAUUGAGAGCAGAUAUUAUGAAGCAGUAUGAAAUCGAGAUUGAAGACAUGCAAAGUAAAACGACAAAGAUAUUGCAAGAUUUACACGUCCAGUUGAAGCAUGAAAGAAAAGAAAAAGAAGAGGCAGAAAAUAGGAUUGCCAUUUUGUUAGAAAAGUCGAGUAUUUUGGAAACAGAUAUCAAGGUAAUGGAAGAAAAUUUUCAAUUUCGUAACGAUGAAGCUUUACUUGCAAAAGUUGGCAUGGAGAAUCCAGAAAUUCUGUCAAAAGAUGCCGAGAAAAUAAAGAGAUUGGUCGAAGAAGAGGCAGAUAAACGGGUCAAUAUUCUGAAAGAUAAGCUAGAGCAGGCAACGCAGAGUGUUGGAGAGCUUAAAAUAAAGUUGGAAAAGAAAGAAGAUGCGAUUUCUAGAUUAGAGAAACAAGUGCUGGCCUACAGAGAAAAGAUUGGCAUCCAGGAUCAGCGAAUGAGUGACUUAGAAAACGAAGUACGGAGCAGUGGAAACGAAGACGAAGAGAUUAAGCAAGGCAGAGGACUUCGAGCUUUAAAAGAAGGUAUCAUUUACAACUUGGCGACCAAGAAUGGAAAAACAAAAUGGCAAAACCUUGCAUCUGUUGGUAUCAUGCAGGUAUCAAGAAGCUCUGCUGGUUUUGGCAGUGCUUCUGAUAUUCUCGAUAUUAAGCCCAAGCCAUGCAGUACAGAAAAUCUUGAAAAUUCUUGGUUUCAACUUGACUUUGGCCAUGACAUCACAGUUAUCCCAGAAUCCUAUUCACUUUGUCAUGGUUGGCUGUCUGGGGAUGGCUGCCUGCGAACCUGGGUAUUAGAGGGUUCCUUAGACGCAAGCCAUUGGCACAUUCUCAAAAAGCAUUUUAUGGACACCAGUUUAAAUGACAGGUACAUGGUAGCAUCUUGGCAGUUGUCAAAGAAUCAUCGUCCAUUCCGCUAUUUGAGGAUAAGAAUAACCGGACCAAAUGCUUCCAAUACGAACGAGCUUUAUAUAGGGGGACUAGAGAUCUUCGGGAAAACAGUGCAUUCUGCAAAUUAGAUAGGUACCGCACCACAAGACUGUGUUAUUGUAAUAAAACAGCUUUGUAGAUGCAAUUAUCCAGGACGUAGCGAGAAGUCAUUGUAUAUAUUCUUAACUAUUAUAUGCUCUUAAAUGCUUCUGCCGAAAGAAGCAAUAAUUUGAAAUUUGUAUGGCUCUAACAGAAGCAGAUCCUCAGGUGUGGCAAAUUUGCCACGAUACGUCACCACUAGUGGUUGCUUAUUAGGAUGAUAAACAAGGCGAAAAAAUGAUAUUCAAUUAAACCAUUGAUAACUUUAGUAUACUCAUGAUAUUUAGCAGAGCGUGCACUUAUCUACUUAUAAUGUUGUCCUAAAGAAGAAAAGAAGAACUAUAUACACCAGUUCUGCACCCUGCAACUAUCAAAACUUCACUUAUAACACGCAAUCUUUGCCAAAACACUUGGAAAUCUUCCCUAAAGAUUGCACGCAGCUUUCCCACCCCCUCGCUUCCCUCGAAGCAAUGUUGAUGAUUUUUAUGGUGAUGCAUCAUAAACAUGCUUUUUGAUGUCCAGGUUUUGCUGCAAUCAAAUAAAUAUGAAAAUUUGCUAAUCAACAUUGUUUUAAGGGCGAGGGGGAGGCGGUUGUGUAAGACGUUAGGGGGUCUAGAGAAGUAGAAAGAGCGCUGUAUUGCGUUUUUCAAGAGGUUUUGGCAUGGAUUGUAGCCAGCUGGCGGGCUCAGUAAUAUCACGUGAUAUGUCAAUCCAUGAAAAUAUUUGUCAAACAUUGCACUAUUGAACGAUUGCCCUUUCAAAAGCGAGAGGGCCAGACUCCCAACAUAUGAGGGUAACCAUCUUAUUGGUCUGCUGUUGAGGUGAAUAGAGGUAGCUAGUCUAAAAUGGAUCAAAUAGAUCCAUAUCAUGUGAUCAAUUCUUUCACAACACCUCUUUCCACUCACAAAAGAUGGUAAAUUGCAUCUGAAACGAGGACUUAUUUAUUGAUACAGACCCAAGCAUUGCUAAAAGACAGUACGCAGUCUUAAAGACCAAAACCCUGUUAAUCGCCAGGAAGAAAAUUUUAUGAUUGAAACUUACAAUACAGAGUAGACGUUUGCUGCUAUCAAACGCAGACUUUCUCUCAACUUCUCGUGUAUUUAUACAAGUUUAACUCCUUCAAAGAACAACACCAACCCCACCCAUUUCGCCGCGUCCAGCUUCAGCUUCAAGUCAGCUUAAAGUUACUUAAUCGCUCAAUGUUUUUUGAUAUGUUGUUGUUUAAUUUUUAGAGAUACGAUCAGUUUUGAAGAGAAUCGAAACCAUUAGACAGACUGAAUGACAAUGACUUAAUCUCACAA